AUGCCGGAAUCUGGUUUGGCAACGCCACACGCAGCCGAGUACCGUUGGCCGCCCAAGGCGCGCUGCGUCACGGAAGUUGCCGCACACUGCACCAAAUCCACACGUCGCGCACUUUUCUCCAAAAGCCGUGGCUCGCGUGGCUGGGAGGUUAGGGCAGCCCCGGACGGGCAGGUGAGCGGUGGCAGCGGCGGCGGCGGUGGCGGAGGGCGGAAGGUGUGGGUUUGUUUAAAUUUAGCGGCCCCGCUGCCGCCGCGGCACACGUGCGCGGCGCGUGCUGCAGAAGGCUGGAGACACGUGCCGUGUCGUGGCCAGCAUCUGCCGCCGCCUGCCCCCGUGAGCGACAUCACACUCCUCAUUAUCGCCACGCGUCUGUUGCCACGCAUCUGUCCGGGAAUCACCUCCGACGUUCCCAAGGUGGGUCACACUGGCACGUUCUCAUGUACCCCUUCCAAUGGAGCUGCGUCCUUUCUGGAGCGUCAAGAACAGCCAGAAAAACUUCGUCACAUUCUGAGCUACAAAUACCUCCUGUGCAUGUGCAAAGUGAGCCUGGUCAGGAAAGGCAAGAAGACAGAGGGCUCCGGAGAAGCGGGCGACGUCUUGCAGGCCGCGCAACAAAGCCAGCCCGCAGUGGCGCCCGGGCCGGAAUGCGGGCAGUGGCACGUGAAGUGCUGGCCGCAGCAAGGCCUCGGCGCCGGCAGCUGGCCGCUGGCAGUGACGCGGCGCCGGGGCAGGGGCAGGCCAGGGAGCGCUGUCGGGCCGGUGAAUAGUGGAUGCGCGGCGCUGUCGGCCGCCCACCCGCCGCCGCCGACACGCGCGCCGCCCCCAAGGCAGCGGCCGCGCGCUGGGGCGCCCGCGCGGGACACGACAGCGGCCGUGUCGCACGACGGCGCGCGGCCCGCCGCUCGCUGUCGCCGGCCUACUGACACCGCGCCCUGUGCUACUCUUACAGGCUCGCGGAAGACUGACAAAUCAAGUUCCACCGCGGCGGUCUGGGGUGCCCCGUCCGCGUCCGCCGGCCGGUCAGCUGUUGCCCGCGGUGCUAUCGCCGCCACCAUCGACGGCCUCGCUGUGGGUGAUACGGCCUGCGCCGACACGGUGACCGCUGCGCCGCUGCCGUGA